AAGAUGACCAGUCUCACUGCCAAGGACAAGGACGUAAUCAGGGCCUUCUGGGCUAGAGUGUCCGGAAAGGCGGAGGACAUCGGCAAAGAUGCUCUGGCCAGGAUGCUGGUGGUGUACCCGCAGACCAAGACUUACUUCGCCCACUGGAAGGACCAGAGCCCCAACUCUGCCGAGGCGAAGAAGCACGGAAUCACCGUGAUGUCUGGAGUUGGCGAGGCUGUGUCCAAACUCGACGACCUGAAAGGGGGUCUCCUGAACCUCAGUGAGCUGCAUGCCUUCACUCUGAGAGUGGACCCUGCUAACUUCAAGAUCAUCUCCCACUGCAUCCUUGUGGUCUUUGCCAUCAUGUUCCCCAACGAAUUCACCCCUGAGGUCCAUGUGUCUAUGGACAAGUUCCUGGCUUCUCUGGCUCUGGCCCUGGCUGAGAAAUACCGAUAAACAGCAGGAGAAGAUGACAGAGACUGCAGCA